AUGAUCCACCGGGUACUCACCCUCUUCGCACUGUUCGUUUUGCUUUGGGGAUACUGCGCAAUCCGAGGUCAAUGCGGAAAGAAAUCCGUCUUUGGGUCCGAACUCCCCUGUCCUGAUCCAUCACCAGCAUCCGCUCCCUCCACAGACCUCCGCGCUUCCCUCGUUAGGAUUUGCGGAGACGAGUGGGCUGAAGGCAACGUCUGCUGUGAUGCAGAUCAACUCGAAGCAUUGGAAGGGAACUUGAAGAGGGUUAAGCCGAUUCUCUCGUCUUGUCCCGCCUGUUUGAAGAACUUUGAGGAGUUCUUCUGCCAGUUGACGUGUUCGGGGGAUCAAUCCGCAUUCCUGAACGUCACCGGAACCCAAGCUGCGGUGACGACUGGGAAGGAUAUCGUGACGCAGAUGUCGUACUACGUCACAGACGCCCACGCAAACGCUUUCUUUGACUCGUGCAAGAGCGUCAAAUUCUCUGCGACGAAUGGGUAUGUGAUGGACUUCAUCGGCGGCGGCGCAAAGACCGCCCGUGCCUUCCUUGCAUUCCUCGGCGAAGAGAAACCCCUCCUCGGCUCUCCUAUCCAAAUCGACUUCCCCACCGACGAGGAAAGCGUGGGAAGCGGUAUGACACCCGUCGAAGGAGGCAUGCGAAGCUGCGGAGACGAAGACGUGAGAUACCGCUGCGCAUGCGUCGAUUGUCCCACCGCCUGUCCCACCCUCGAAGACGUCCCACGUCCAGGCUCCGGCUGCCACGUCGGCGUUCUCCCCUGUUUCUCCCUAGCGAUGAUCCUCCUCUACGCCCUCGGUCUCCUGGGAUUCUUGUCGGGGUAUCCGUUGCAGGAUAAGUUGUAUGCGCUUUUCUAUGAUCUCGGCCUCCACUGCGCUACAUACCCCGCUACCACGAUCGGAGCGGCGCUGUUGGUCUUGGGCGUGAUGUGUCUUGGAUGGCUUCGAUUCGGGGUUGAGACUGAUCCGGUACGGUUGUGGGUUUCGCCGAGCAGCCCGGCGGCGAGGGAGAAGACCUUUUUUGAUGAGAGUUUUGGGCCGUUCUUCAGGGCUGAGCAGGUGUUUUUGUCGAAUGUGAGUGGGGAGGGGAGUCCUGUGUUGAGUUAUGAGACGUUGGAGUGGUGGUUUGGGGUUGAGGAACGUGUGCGGGAUGUUGUUGUUGAGAUCGAUAUCGAUGGGGACAGCGUUCAGGUCGGGUGGGGGGAUGUGUGUUAUAAUCCGACGGGGACGGGGUGUGUGGUACAAUCUCUCACGGGAUACUUCCAGGAUGAUAUCGAGAUGGUUGAUCCGGAUUAUUGGCUUGAUGAUUUGGAGGCGUGUGCGUCGCAGCCUGUGUCGUGUCUUCCCCCAUACGGUCAGCCAUUGAAGCCGGAGGUCUUGCUGGGACGGAUCCCGGAGAAUGAGGGUGGGGAGGUUGAUACCUCACGCAUCGGAGAAGCGGAGGCGGUUAUUGUUACGUGGGUCGUGAGGAACUCUUUGGAUGCUGAGAAAAUCCGGAAAGCGGAAGCGUGGGAGGCGGGGUUGCAGAGGGUGUUGAGGCAGGUUGAGGGGGAGGCGGAGGAGAGGGGGUUGAGGAUCUCAUGGAAUACUGAGAUUAGUUUGGGACAGGAGUUGAAUAAGUCGACAAACACCGACGCUGGGAUCGUUGUUGUCUCCUACGUCAUCAUGUUCUUCUACGUGUCUUUGGCAUUGGGCGGAUCGUGGAGGUUUAGUCGUCGGAUCGUGGUGGAGAGUAAGUUUGGGCUUGGGAUUGUGGGGAUUAUGAUCGUGUUGUUGAGUGUUGCAGCGAGUAUUGGGUUAUUUUCGGCGAUGGGGGUGAAGGUUACGUUGAUCAUUGCCGAGGUGAUUCCGUUUUUGGUCCUGGCGAUCGGAGUGGACAAUAUCUUCCUGCUCGUGCACGAGUUUGAGAGGAUUAACGCGUCGCUUUCUUCGCUCAGUGUGGAAGAGCGUGCGGCGAGGACGUUGGGAAGGGUCGGUCCGAGUAUUUUGUUGAGUGCGACGGCGGAGGUUGUGGCGUUUGGGUUGGGUGGGUUGGUUGGAAUGCCUGCUGUUAGGAAUUUUGCAAUUUAUGCGGCUGGAGCGGUGGUUAUUGAUGCCGUUCUACAGUGUACUGCGUUUGUUUCUGCGUUGGUCUUGGAUCAGCGGAGAGUCGAUGCUGGCCGGGUUGACUGUUUCCCGAUUCUUAGGGUUGGUGGUCGUAGUGGGAAGAGGAGGGAGGGGAUGUUGGAUCGGGCCAUUCGGAAGUGGUAUGCGCCGAAUUUGUUGAGGAAGCCGGUCAAGGUUGUCGUUGUUGCGGUGUUUGUUGGGUUGUUCUUUGCGGCUUUGGGGUUGUUCCCGAAGCUUGAGUUGGGACUUGAUCAGCGCAUUGCGUUGCCCCGUGAUUCCUAUAUGGUGGAUUACUUUAAUGACAUGUACGCCUACAUGCAACAAGGCCCGCCGGUGUAUUUCGUCACCAAGGACUUGAACGCUACUACACUUGAAGGACAGAGGGCCCUGUGUGGACGGUUCUCGACUUGUGAUGAGUUCUCAUUGGCGAAUGUCUUGGAGCAGGAGAGGAAGAGGGAGGAGGUCAGCUUUGUUGCUGAACCUGCUGCGAGCUGGGUCGAUGACUUUUUGCACUGGUUGAAUCCGUCGAACGAUAUGUGUUGUCGAGUCCAGAGUUCGGGGAAGCAGUGUGGACCCGAUGACUCCGAGGAUGAGUGUAAGGUCUGUUUCGCGGAUAGGGAGCCUAGCUGGAACAUCACUAUGACUGGGUUCCCUGAAGGUCAGGAGUUCUUAGAGUAUCUUGGACGAUGGAUUGAGAGUCCGACUGUUGAGAGUUGCCCUCUUGCGGGUCAGGCGGCUUACUCGGAUGCCCUUGUUGUUGAUUAUGAGAAUGUCAUGACGCCAGCGACCCACUUCAGGACAAGUCACACGCCGUUGAGGAGUCAGAGAGACUUCAUUGACGCUUAUGCUGCGGCAAGAAGGGUGGCGAAGGAGAUUACUGACAAGACUGGUACGGAGGUUUUCCCGUAUUCGGUGUUCUACAUUUACUUUGACCAGUACGCGACGAUCGUCAACUUGGCGAUCAAGCUUGUUGGGUCGGCGUUGAUCGCGAUCUUGGCUGUCACGAGCGUCAUCUUGGGUAGUUUCCCGACUGCAUUGGUAGUGAUGUGCGUUGUCGGCAUGAUUGUCGUCGAUGUUGUGGGAGUCAUGGCACUCUGGGGCGUGAGCUUGAAUGCUGUGAGCUUGGUGAACCUGGUUAUCUGCGUUGGUAUCGGAGUCGAGUUCUGCAGUCACGUCGCGAGAGGAUUCAUGGUUCCCAACCAAGGCCUUGGAAAGCACUUGAAGACGGGUUCUGAACGUAAUGAACGUGUGUGGAAUUCGCUUGUGAGCGUCGGUGGGUCUGUCUUUAGUGGUAUCACACUGACAAAGUUCAUCGGUGUUGCCGUACUCGCUUUCACACGUUCCAAGAUCUUCGAGGUUUAUUACUUCCGUAUGUGGUUGGCAUUGGUUAUCCUGGCUGCUGCGCAUGGUCUCAUUUUCCUACCUGUUCUUUUGUCGUUGUUUGGUGGAAAGGGAUAUGCUUUGGAGGGCAUUGCUGGCAGACGGUGA